GAUGCGAGUAAAUCCCACCUAAUGGGGAUUNAGAUUGACGUGUCAUUGAGGCUUCAAGGAGAGAUUCGCUUCGACUACGAGAUAUUGCCUCUUAUAUAUGUAUUAACAUUAUGGAAGUUUAGUCAUCAACUAGAGAAACUGUUGAAGAAGGAAAUAUUGUGUCAUUUGUGUCUAAAUAUUUCAAUUGGAUCUUUCUAUGAAGGAGAUGACAUUCUAUCACCAUUUUCAAAUUUAUCUCUGAUUGAAAGCAGUAGACAUGCAACUUACAAGUUACAGAAUGUAAAGACCAACCGAAUACAAUUAUUGUUUCUCAAAAGGCACACUAUAAUUUGUUACAUGAAACACUUCCAGUCCGUCGAUAAUUUUUGUACCACAAUGGAGAGAUGUAUCAAAAGAAGAAUUGAGGAACAAGGUAGAAAGCAUUCUUAUGCUUGAAAGUCUUUCUGUGAGAUGGAUAGAACGGGACCUACAGGAUUUACUUUAUUCUCUACGCUGCUUUUUGCUAGCAUCUUCAAAAUCCAUAUUCAUUAGAGAGAAAUAUACUUUGGUCUUAUGAACUUUAGCGAAUAUGCUGAAUAAACUCUGGAUAUUGCUAGCCACUUUGGUUUUUAUCAAGUCUCAAAAACAAGUUUACGUUUCACAAUAAACUUCAACGGUUGUCGUAAGGAUGUAAACUUGUAGUCCACGUCAACUUUCAGUUCUAAAAAACUUAUGGUUCUUCCAAAAUGUCGAAUAAAAGGGCUACUAAGAACAAGAAUAAUAAGGGUAGGCGAUAAAUACAUAAGCUUGGCUUAAAUAUACGCUGUCUGUUGAGCAGGAAACCGCGAAGGUGCCUCUAAAAACGAUAUCAAGACACAAUUUCAUACAGCAAAAAAUCGAAUUUUUCAAUGAAGCAAGAAUCCUCGAGCUCAAAAACCAGCAGUAGUCUCUGGUUGGCGGGGAGAACGAGUUGGAUUGCUAUAUUUUGCUUCACUUAUUGGUCAUUGUUGUAUUUCUUUAGAGUUGAACACUGAAAAGAACACUUGACUGGUCGUUACAAAAAAAUAACAAGGAUGUAAUUCGAAGUUUCAUGCCGCUCCUAUCACCAAUAUAAAAAUUUGUCUUUUUCU